UUUGAUACGAGAAAAGCCUUGUUUACAUUGAGUAGAACAGCUCAGUUUCUUUCAAAAAUAGAUGCUGAUCUAUUUAACCAGCCUCUCUAUCUAAUUAAUCAUUGUGAAGUUGAUAUUGAAAUAAUCCCCAAUGAGACUAAUUUUGUUUUAAUCGGUCAACGAGCAAUUCGAUAUCAUUUUGAAAUUCUCAACUGUAAACUUUACAUAAAAAAGGUUGACUUAAUGGAUGGUUUGGCUCUGGACAUAGCUCGAAAGCUUGAAACAAAACCAGCUCGAUAUGCUAUUAGGAAAACAAUGAUGAAGUCGCUUUUUAUUAGCCCUGGGCGAUAUGAAUUUAAUGCAAAUCUAUUUAUGGAUCAAGUACCUCGUCGAAUUACACUAGGAUUGGUAUCUAAUGCAGACUAUGUUGGAAAUAUAUCAAGAAGCCCAUUCAACUUCCAACCAUUUAAUGUUAGGGAAAUAAGUAUUGUAGCUAAUGGUCGAAAUUACCCUCAAGCUCCUUAUGAUUUAGACUAUCCUAAUGGUAAGUUUGCCCGAGCAUUUAGUGAUAUGAAUGAAGCAAUUGGAUUCAAUAAUUCCAUGGAAAGUAAUGGAAUUAGUUUGCCUCAAUUUGGAAACACUCAUUGUGUGUAUAUAUUCAACCUGACAAACAGUGGAGAUGACCAUGGAGGCCUCUUUGAUCUAAUUAGAAAUGGAACUACAGCUGUAAACAUUAAAUUUAGUAAUCCAGUACCUGACGGAGGAUUGAUGCUGAUAGUGAUGGGUGAAGCAGACUCACUAUUAAUGUUAGAUAAGAAUCGAACUAUUUCUAGUGAUACAACAAUUUAG